AUGUCCGACAAUGGCAAAUCAGCAACGGACAUCAUCACCUACAUUGGUGUUCCACUGGCAGUCCUGGGAGUUCUGCCCAUCCUGUACAACACAUUUGCAACUCUCGCCUCUCUCUCACGCAUCAAGCGCAUGCUUCGGCGAAGUCGCCUGACUGCACUCACCCGCAGCGAUGUCGUCAACCGCGUCAUUGAGAUUGACCUCCCGCGAUACGCCGUGAUGCCUCUGGACAGGUUCCAGAACAGAUCCGAAUACUGGACCCUCUCGCGGCAUCCCAGCUCUAUCCCCGGCGGCAGCUGGACGACAUUCAACUGGAAGACGAACGCCAUCGGCAUGAAGACUCAGCGCGUUGAAUAUGCCGACCAGGUCCGCCAGCCGCAGGUCGAAAUCGCGUUUGACGAGCUCGUCUCGUAUCUGCUGGAUCUCGGGGCUGUGCCGGAUCCUCAUGGGUGGAAGCUGUUGAGGUCUACGGGGCUCUGGGCGCCGGUGGGAUGUUCGUUGAUGAUGUCGCCUGACGGGAGAGAAAAGGCACUUACGAUUGCGCCGCUGGACGACUCGGAUGGGCAUCUGUCUCUUGCUGUGGCUUGGUCUAGUUCAUGGAUUACUCGCGAUCAUGCUCAUCUGCCGCCCUACUGGGUUCGUCUGCCUUCACCAGUUGGCAAACAGGGGGGGCGAGCGAGUUCUGAUGCCAACUCCCACAAGAAGAGUGAGAAAAGGGUAGCAGAUGCUGGUGAAGACCAUGCGCAGAAUGAAACCUCCAAUGAAGCGGCGGCAAGCCACGAGGAAGAAAACGAUAUUCAGCGUCAGGUCGAGGCAAACGUCGAGAGCGACAUCACCUGCGAGAUUUCCCUCUCUGGGCUUGUGACGGCGUUGGUUCCAGGGCGGUUCGAUGGCAGCACCGCACCCGAGACCCUAUACAUUGAGCAUCUCCGCAUACAGUCUCGCAAGUCGAAUGGCGUCUGGUUCGCCAGUGCCGCCACGGCGUAUGGCACUUCUAGCCAGACCAUUCUCUGGAACUACAAGAUCCCGGACGACAUCCUGUCGUUCUCCAGAAAGGAAACAGUGCCGUGCGGCGUCCUCGUGCUGCUCGGUAUUGUAGACGAGUCGGAGACGCCUGAAUGGGCGACAAAGUACCAAGACUACGGCGCCUCACUUGACCAGUUCUCACAGAGGAACCGAGAGCAGCGUCUUGCGAUGGAGGCAGAGUCACGCAUGGCUCCGGCUCAGCGAGAGCAAGCCGUCAGGGACAGGACGCGCAAAGAGAUGGAGCAGCGGAUGCAUGACAUGCGCGACAAGAUGAGGACGGAGCAGCAGCGUCGCGAUCAACGCGCCAUGGAAGCACUUCAAAGCCCCAGAUGGGACACCAAGCUCGUUGCCAAUCACUGUCUAUCAUGGCUUCAAUCUCGGAAGCUCUGGGACGAGAAUCUGACGGUCAAGGAAAUUGUCGGCUUCAUGCUGCACCGCAUGGUUCGCGACGGAGAAUACACUUCUAACCUCUGUAGUAUGCUGGACACUUGGAAGGCGUGGGCUGACAUGGGAGGCAUGAAGAAGUCUGACUUUCAGGCGGUUCAGGAGAAUCAGACUGUGUUUGCUGAAGCUACUUUGUUGAUUGCCCUGAUUGAGGAUACGUCUGAUGCGCUGGAGGGGACGCUGGCGAUGGAUUUGCAGGAGUGUUUGCGGAUAUGGCGGAAAGUGAGGCUUGGAUUGAAACGUCAGGGCAUUGGUGACACCGGCAAGUAA